AUGAAGAAGAACAACAGGAAGCCCACCGCAAGGAUCGAUGUGCAGAAUGCCCUCUGUGUCUCACAUGCCCAUGGGCCAGGAGAUCUUCAAAAUAUGCUGGAUGGAGGAGAGUAUGCUCUUUUUGUAUCCCCUCCCAUGUUAGAGAGCAAUUUUAUCCAGGUCAACAGGAGAGGUGAAUCCAUUUACCUUCAUAACCGAGCCAACUGGGUGACUGUAGGCAUCUGUUCUUCCAGUUCCACCCACAAAACCCCCAGUGUGAUGCUGCUGGCACAUCUGACACCCACUGUCGCAAAAGAUACAGAACCCCUGUUUAAAAGUCUCCUGACAUCUUGUUGUACAGAGAAACUGGUGCUCACCAGGUUCCUCCCUCUGCAGUUUGUGACUCUUUCUGUGCAUGACGCUGAGAACAUGCGCCUCAAAGUAAAGCUUGUGAGUGGCCGAGCCUACUACUUACAGCUCUGCGCCCCUGCAUAUAAUCAGGACACCGAAUUUUCUCAAUGGGUGAACCUCAUCUCCCUCUUGAAUCAGGAGAAAGCCAAAGUUUCCAAAGUGUCAGAGGUCUCAAGCCUCUCAGAAAUCACAAAUAGCACAGAAAUCACAGGCUCCAUAGACAUCAUGAACAUUGCAGCAUUCACAGCUGUACGGACCCCAUACAGGCAUGCAUGUACAGACCCUGCACAUGUCAUGGAGAGCAUAGAUUUUUCAGAAUACACAGACAUUACCGACAUCACAGAUGUCACAGAUGUUCCGGAAAAUGAGAUCACAGAGGUCCCAGAUGUAAGAAUUGUCACAGAAAUCACAGAUGUAACGGAAGUCACAGACAACUCUGAUGCCACAAAUUUCUCAGAGGUUACAGUGGUGUUUGAAAAUGAUGACAUGAUAAAGGCCAAGCAAGAGGAAAAGGACAAAAUGAAAAAUAUUCUGAAGCCUGGAUGUCUACGAAAUACAAAAAGUAAAAAAUGUUUUCAAACUACCUUGACUCCAGUAGAAAGCGAAGCAAAUAUUUGCAAAGAGAUGGGUGAUAAAACCUCUGAAGACAAGACAACCGAUUUUCAAAACCCAGCUCUAAAGACUUUAGAAUCCAGGAGCAUGAGAAUUGAUUCAGACACUUCCGCUCUCUCCCCUCAUAUCAAAUCUUCUUCUAAUUUCCUCAAUGUUGUACCUCAUCUGUCUCCCCCUUUCUCAGGGGAACGGAUGGGAGGAAAGGAAAGUAAAACAGAAAAAGAUAAAGUCGAUGGAAAAACAAGACAACCUAAAGUAACAACAGAAGUGGAAUGUAAUGUUGAGGGGUUUGUUGUGGUUUCUGCUCUAGAAUCAAUCAUGGGUCAAAAGAACUCAGUGCAGCUGCUAGCUUUUUGGAGUCUUCUGCGGGACAUUUACACAUUCAGUUGCACCACAUGUACUCACCAUCAAAUGAAUCGGAUUUUCUUCAGGAGCUGUCAUCCAGGGAAAGAGAAGCCAAGGGCUCUAGAGCGUUACGCCUCAGAGAAACCUCGCGUCCCUAAACGCCAGAACGGCUCUCCAGUACCUAAAAGCCCGAAGCAGUUCGUGUUUUAUACUUAG